AUGAUAAUGAGCAACCAAACUGUCGUCUCCCAGUUCCUCCUCCUGGGUCUACCCAUUCUUCCAGAGCACCGGCACCUGUUCUAUGCCCUGUUCCUGGCCAUGUACCUCACCACCGUCCUGGGGAACCUCAUCAUCAUCUUCCUCAUUCUACUGGACUCCCAUCUGCACACACCCAUGUAUUUUUUUCUCAGCAACUUGUCCUUCUCUGACCUCUGCUUCUCCUCUGUCACAAUGCCCAAAUUGCUGCAGAACAUGCAGAGCCAGGACCCAUCCAUCACAUAUGCAGGCUGCCUGACACUAAUGUACUUUCUAAUGGUUUUUGGAGACAUGGAGAGUUUCCUCCUUGUGGUCAUGGCCUAUGAUCGCUAUGUGGCCAUCUGUUUUCCCCUCCAUUACACCACCAUCAUGAGCCCCAAACUCUGUGUGUAUCUGAUGGUGCUGUGCUGGGUGCUUACCACUCUGUAUUCCAUGCUGCACACUCUACUCUUGGCUAGAUUGUCAUUCUGUGAGGACAAUGUGAUCCUCCAGUUUUUCUGUGACAUAUCUGCCCUGCUCAAGUUAGCCUGUUCUGACAUUUAUAUUAAUGAAUUAAUGAUAUUUAUCAUGGGAGGCCUUGUUAGUGUCAUCCCAUUCGUACUCAUUAUUGUGUCCUAUGUACGAAUUGUCUGCUCCAUCCUAAAAGUUUCUUCUACUCACGUUAUCCACAAGGUCUUCUCCACUUGUGGCUCCCACCUAACUGUGGUCUCACUGUUCUACGGGACAAUUAUUGCUCUCUACAUAUUUCCAUCAGCUAAUAACUCUACUGUGAAGGAAACUGUCAUGGCCAUGAUGUACACAGUGCUGACUCCCAUGUUGAACCCCUUCAUCUACAGCCUGAGGAACAGAGAUAUGAAAGAGGCCCUGAUAAGAGUCCUUUGCAAGAAGAAAAUCUCCUUAUAA